CUAUGGGUUCACUUACACAGGGAUCUUGGAGGUGGGCGACAAAAAUGGGCCGGUGUUGCGUCGCCUAUGACGUCAUAGCCGUAGCGAGCUCAGUGGUUUUGACAGCCAAUAAAUCGAGCUGAAAGCACUCUAUUCCCCGACAAUCAAACUCGUACAUAACCAAGUAAUGGUCAAGUUCAAGACUGGACAAGGUACAGCAUGUCGGUGACCAGUUCAAGAACAUAGGCGACUUUAGAGAUACCGCGAGGGACAACAGUGCCGCCGGGUAUACUGUUUGUGGACAUACAUUCUUACUGAUCCAAUGCAUUGGUUGAUAGUGUUCUGGGAACCAUCUGUUGACAGCACGGAACAUUGAAGAACCUCUACUCUGUGUGUUUUCCAACCUGCCUCGUCGUGAACGAGAGACCGAAAGGUGCAAAAGAGAGGGAUUUUGGUGCCACUCAUCUCAGUAAGAGGUUGUGUCAAAGCCAAUCAUGAACUGCUUUGGAUCUCCCCCAGGCGAGGACGUUCCCCCCCCACGUUCCAGACGCUCCGCAAAUAACAUGGCCGCCAACUCAGCAACACCCCCCUCUGACAGGCGCUUCCUCAUCUUCUUCGACUUUGACGAGACCAUUGUAAAUGAGAGCAGUGAUGAUGUGGUGGUGCAGGCGGCCCCAGGGCAGAACCUCCCCGCCUGGCUGAAGGACACCUACCGACCGGGCCACUACAACGAGUACAUGCAGCGCGUGCUGGCCUACAUGGCAGAGAAGGGCGUGACCGAGAGUGCCAUCCGCUCCGUCAUCGAGAAGAUCCCCGCCUCUCCCGGCAUGCUGGCCUUGUUCCAGUUCCUCCGCCACCGCCCCCCGCAGGACUUUGAGGUGGUUCUGGUGUCUGAUGCCAACACCUUCUUCAUCGAGUCCUGGCUCCGCCGCGUUGGGGCCCGCCAGCUCUUCGUCAAGAUCUUCACCAACCCUGCCACCUUCGACAAGGAUGGCCGGCUGGUGUUGCGCCCCUUCCACUCCCACAGCUGCCUGCGCUGCCCGGAGAACAUGUGCAAGCAGGUGAUCUUGAGGGACUAUGUGAUGCGGCGUACACAGGAGCGUGGGCGGCCGUUCCAGAGGGUAUUCUAUGUGGGCGAUGGGGCCAACGACUUCUGCCCGUCUCUGAUCCUGGGGCCCCGGGACACGGCGUUUGCCCGGCGGGACUACCCCAUGCACCGGCUGAUCACUGAGAUCCACGAGGCCAGGCCAGGGGAGUUCAAGGCUGUUACUGUGCCCUGGGCCAGUGGGGAUGAUGUGGUGGAGCGACUCAGGAGGCACGCAGAGGAGAAAUGAUGAAGCUAGGGGAGGAGGGGGGAGGGCUGCUCACACACAUACACAAAUACUCAGACACUCACACACCCAGCAAAUCACAUUCCCAGAUCAAAUACCCACAAUACCACAUACUGACACAUAAUGAAAAUCCACUCUACGCUCAAGAAUAGAGCAUGCCAAUUGAACAGGCGUUUUGAUAUAUUGCCUGCGACAGUGUCACACUUCCGCUCAGUCCAUCUGUCUUACUCGGACUCAGCCACAGAGCUAGAGAUGCUGUAGUCUUUCAGUCCACCUCUUCUCACUCUAGGCUUGAAGUCAAUCAGAAACACCAACACAGGAAAGGCAUCAACUCUGUUCGUUAUUACAGGGACCUAUGCCUUAGUUGAUAUCCUACCAGUCAGGGCAGUAUUGUCAGUCAAUCUUUUAGAGGGAUUGAUCCUCUUAUGCUGGAUUGAGAGGGAAGAGGAACAAACAUCAUUGACUGAAUAGGGGGGUCUGCAGUGAUACAUUUAGGACUGAUGUAUUACCUAUAUUCCUUUGUUGACUCUGAGCUCUAUUGGUUUAUUACAGUUUUCCUCAAUUGCUAACAAGCGUCGGUCAAUACUGAAGCCACUUCUUCAAAACUCUUUACACAGUCUGCAUUACCAACAUGCAUCUUGGCCAAACAGUUCAUCUCACCUCAAACCACUUCAUACACGUCUCAAAAUAAGCUCGUUCGACCAUAACUCUGGCAGCAGUUCUCACUCAAAACACACUGACCUAAAAAAACACUAACAGGGAGCAUUACAUAAAUGUACUUCUCUUUGAAUGAUUUUCCACAUAAAUCAGUAUUUAAUUAUAGAAUAACACCGUGACUUUAUUGACUGUACUAAAGUAUAUGUAACAAGAAUGAAUAAGAAAUGCAGCAAUUUGCGUCAAUAGCCUUUAUUUCUUCUAUGUCUUUGCAUAUAGUCAUUUACUUGUGAAGAAUAAAGUUGAAACAAAAAACAAGUUCCUGAAAAUCCAGGGCUUCAAUAAUUUCAAAAACAUGUAUAGUAUAAUCACUAACUGUACAGUACUGUGACGGUUCUAGUUCUCCCUCUCUCCUGCAUUUGGCCACAAGUUCUCAACAUCACAUCUUAUGUCUUCUCUGGCAAAGCAUCUUGGGAAGUAUCUUCUGGAAUGUCUAAUCCAACCCUGCCAGUCUUCAGGAGAAGUGUCUCCACACCCUGCAUUCAUGGUGUCCAGCAAGGACAUCUGGUCAUGUGGAUGGUGGUCAUAAACCUUCCACCUCCACGCAGAGGAAAACUCCUCUAUGGGGUUAAGGAAGGGGGAGUGUGGAGGCAGGAAUAGUACUGGCAUCCUGGGAUGUGCAGCAAACCAGUUAUGUGACUGCAGCAGAGUGGUGGAAUGUCACAUUAACCCACACAACGACGGUAGGGGAGUUUCUGGCCCCUCUCUCCUCCGCUGGCACGAGUCGAUUAUGCAGAUUCAUCCAGAAAAGAAAUGAGCCUCUCUGUAUUGUAGGGGCCAAUGAGUGGUUUAUGUAACAGCAAACCAUCAUUGGACAGUGCUGCACACAUUGAUGUUAGCUCCUCUCUGGCCUGGGACUUCCACGGUUUGCGGUCUGUCCAAUCACAUUUCUUCCCCUGCGGUGUGUUUUUGUCAGAUUGAAUCCAGCUUCAUCCACAAAGAUGAAUGUACGUGCAGUUUGCCUGGCUUCCAUCUCCAUUCAUCUCAAACACAGUAAAUCCACAGUUUUACAGUACUUUAUAUUAUGCAUAGCUGUGUAUGUACCCUGUUUGGUUAUUGAACAGACAUCUUACCUGGACAUAUUGAUACCAGAGUUCUUUCGCCGUUUCUCUCAAAGGGUACAGUGUACAACUGCUUCCUCCUUGUUUUAUGUUUCUCUAGGACUCUGGCCAUUGUCGUUGUGCUGACCGUAUUCACAUUCCCAAAAGUAAUAUUGUCUGCCAGCACUCUGUCCCGAAUUUCCCACAGUUUUAUUGCAUUGUUGCCAAUCACCAUGUCAACAAUGGCAAUUUCCUGCGCAUCUGAUAAUAUUCUGCCUAUGCUGUGGGAGGCAACCAUUGGAUCCUACUGAAAAACACAAAACAAAUCAAUCCUUUAAAAAAUGUCAGUACAUGUAAAAAUGUGAACAUGCUGUAUUGUACUAUAAUAUAUAGUUAAAUUAUUAUUGAAGGAUGCACAUCUCACCUGUUGUUUUGCCAGAAGAUUUGUACUAUUGAUGCAACUGUUGAAUGCUGCAGAUUUGGUUGCACCCUUAAACCGGCUUCUCUCAAAGAGAGACCAUGGUUUACAACAUGGUCAAUAAUUGUGGCCCUUAUCUCAUCAGAGACCACCGCUCUUGGUCUUCCUCUCCUUUGUCCUCCACGCAAUCUCCCUCUCUCUGUCACUCUUCUUUCCCCACCAACCUGUCUUCCUUGAUCCAUGUUUCCAAACUAAAUCAUUCCGAAGCCGUCCUCUUUUGUCUGUUUAGUAACAAGCCUAAUAACAGGACACUUGGGUCGGCAUUCAGCUGAAAUUGCAAUCAGCUGUGUUUGGAAUUAUUAAAUAUUCUGCUGAGAUUUUCUAUGUUUCAAUCUGGUUACUGCAGAAAUGCACGACAUUUGCCAUCCUGUUUUGAAUGUGUUUUUAACAGUUUUGGAAACAGUGUGUUAGCAGUUGAAAACAUGCUGCAAAUAUAUAGUUUUGCAGGUGGUGGAGUACGAAUGGAUGCAUUUUGUGUGAAAGCAAUGAAAAAUGAUUCACAGUUUGGUCCACAUACACUUCCGUUUCACUGACUGUGUGAAGAGUUUUGACAAUGUGACUUCAGUUUUGACCAAUGCAUGUUAGCAAUUGAAAAAACUUUAACAGUCAAACUGGGUCAGUAGGGCAGUAGAUCCGGUUAGUUAGUGUCCCGUUCUCUGACUAUAGCCCUCUCCAGUCCACCCAAUGGCAUUGUCGAUGCUAAAUGAAUGGGUGGCUAUUCUAGUGUAAUUCUUAAAUCUUAUAUUAUGAAUAAUAAAUUGUGUUGUUUACUUGUUAACAAGUGCUCUAUGUGAAAUAGGGAAUUGAUGGCUGAUCAGGGAAAAUGUAAUGUGAUAACAUCGCCAUCUACUGGCAGACCUACAGAUUGCAAGUGGAGACCAGUUUUAAAGUUUUGGAAAAUAAAUUGAAAUGGAACAGAAAAUGUACAGUACCAUAUGACACAGCUAUAUAACUAAAUAUUGUCGUUUUUAAAACAUGUAUGUAUUAUUAUUAUUUGUGCAUGUCUGUUUUUAAUAUGUAACACGUACUUGUACCUACAUGUUCCACCACCAGCAGGAAUAUAAAAGCCAUGAACUAAA